AAAAACGUCUAAAAUGUUAGCUGAAAGUGCUUCAUUAUUGACUUAACGACAAAUACAGAAAAUAACGGAUCUUGAAUUGGAUUUAAAACAAAGCACGCAAUUAAAAAAGCGUCCAAUGGUAAUGGCCGUGAUACUGUUGCUCGCCCUGGCACUCGUACUCGGUUGCUAUUGUGCGAUUCAUCGUCAAAAGAUCUGUGCGAUUUACUUGAAGCCACUGUUGAAGAAUACACCGCUGGAGGAUUGCUAUCAUGCCACGCCCAUUGAGCAGCGGAAGCGCAAGGGCAUCUGGGAUAUACCCGGUCCGCAGCGUAUACCCUUCCUGGGCACCAAAUGGAUAUUCCUCAUCUUCUUUCGGCGCUACAAAAUGACAAAGCUGCAUGAGGUCUACGCAGAUCUGAAUCGACAGUAUGGUGACAUUGUGCUGGAAGUGAUGCCCUCGAAUGUGCCCAUUGUGCAUCUGUAUAAUCGCGAGGAUCUCGAGAAGGUGCUCAAGUAUCCCAGCAAGUAUCCCUUUCGUCCGCCCACCGAAAUCAUUGUGAUGUAUCGUCAAUCGCGACCCGAUCGCUAUGCCAGCGUUGGCAUUGUCAACGAGCAGGGACCAAUGUGGCAGAGAUUGCGUUCCUCGCUCACCUCGAGCAUCACCUCGCCGCGCAUCCUGCAGAAUUUUCUGCCCGCUCUCAAUGCUAUCUGUGAUGAUUUCGUUGAGCUGCUGCGCUCCAAACGCGAUCCACACACCGAUGUGGUGGCCAACUUUGAGGAGCUGGCCAAUCUGAUGGGUCUGGAGGCCGUUUGCACUUUGAUGCUCGGCCGGCGCAUGGGUUUUCUUGCGGCCAAUACUAAGCAGCCGGAGAAGAUCAGCCAAUUGGCGGCGGCUGUCAAACAGCUGUUCAUCUCACAGCGGGAUUCGUAUUAUGGGCUGGGCCUCUGGAAAUACUUCCCCACCAAGACAUAUCGAGAUUUUGCACGUGCCGAGGACUUGAUCUAUGAUGUCAUCUCCGAGAUCAUUGACAACGAACUGGAGGAGCACAAGAAGUCCGCCGCCUGCGAGGAUGAGGAUGCGACCGGACUGCGCUGCGUAUUCCUUAACAUACUCGAACUCAAAGAAUUGGACAUUCGGGACAAGAAGUCGGCAAUCAUUGACUUUAUAGCCGCGGGCAUUGAAACGCUAGCGAACACACUGCUCUUCGUGCUCAGCUCGGUGACGGAAGAUGCUUCGGCACUGCCUCGCAUACUCGGCGAGUUCCUUGAGUAUCGUGACACGAACAUCCUGCAGGAUGCGCUCACGAAUGCCACAUACACCAAGGCGUGCAUACAGGAGUCGUACAGACUGAGGCCCACGGCCUUUUGCCUGGCACGCAUCCUCGAAGAGGACAUGGAACUAUCCGGUUACUCUCUGAAUGCGGGCACUGUGGUGCUGUGCCAGAAUAUGAUUGCCUGCCACAAAGAUGGCAACUUUCGCGAGGCCAAUCAAUUUAGCCCGGAACGCUGGAUAGAUGCCACAACGGGCAACUUUACGGUGAAUGUGGACAGUGCAAGCAUUGUGGUGCCCUUCGGAGUGGGUCGACGCACCUGUCCCGGCAAGCGAUUCGUCGAAAUGGAGGUGGUCCUGCUGCUGGCAAAGCUGGUGCUGGCUUUCGAUGUUAGCUUUGUGAAGCCGCUGGAAACCGAAUUCGAGUUUCUUUUAGCCCCCAAAACGCCGCUAAGUUUAAGGCUGCGCGAUCGCGACUCAUGAAUCGUAUUGUAUCUAAUACAAUCCCCCUAAAAAAUGAAAGGUUAACACACUAAUAUAUUAUUUUGUAUAUACGAAAGAAGUCUAGGGAGUAGAACUCAUGUAAGUCUAAGCACGCUCGCAAUUUGAAUGUGGUAAAAUAUUUGUCCGUUUGGUUUCUGAAUUGAUUUUCCUUACAAACUUAAAUCGUGUCUUUUCAAGCUUCAGCUUAAAUUACCAUUUAUACACCUACACCUACACUUAAAGAUCAUUUUCGAGUUGUAAUGAGAAAUAUUUAAACUUUCAUCCGCAAAGUAUGCUAAAAAAAUGCAAAAUUCACUUUGGGAAAUUAAAUCCUAGAAGCGAGCGUUGAAUAUAUGACAAAAGUUAGAUAUAGCUUUGCAAUAGAACCCCACAAAUCUAACAAAAUACAAAACAAAAAAGGAUGAAAAACAUAAUAAAGAAACCUAACUGUACAUAGAAGAAAAGACUAAAAAGUUGCAUCCAUUUAGCUGUAUUUGAAUACGUUUCUUUGUGUUGUUGUAGGUAGUUAUUGUUAAUCUUAAGUAGCGGCAAUUAUUUUUGUGGCGUGUAAACGGAAAGACUGUGUUUAAGUUUUGUUGUUUUAAUGCUGAUUGUAACUCGUAAUCGUGUAAUCUGUAUAAUCUAUAAUCUGUAUAAAAAGACACAUCUAAUUCGUAAUGCUCUGUACAGUUAACCAAUAUGUAUUUAUUCCAAGUUUUUCUAUUUCUUAGUUCUUGUA